AUGGACAGGCAAAGAUCUUUCGAAGUUCUGGACCUUGAGAGUGAUGAACUGAAGCAAGAUGAAGUCAGUGCAAAGGAAAACACCAACUCAUUCUCCGACCUAGUUCCGCAAGAUGAAUCACCUAGCACAGAGCUUUUGGAGUCCGAUUACUCAGAAAACUCCCUCUCUACGUCAUCCGACUUCGUGAAACUCGACGUUGAUGAGGAGCAGACCGCUGUUGCACAGUUUACUACAUCUCAUGACUUAGACAAGUCUCAGUCUUCUGGUUUGUCUGAUGAAACAAACACAUCCAUUCUGUACCAUCAAUUACAAGUUCAGUUUUCGAAAACUUUGCCUGCAAACAUACCUAACCGAAUACAUUUUUACGUUCAUGAUUUCCUCUUGGGAAGCAUAUUAUUCAGUUUACUUUUGGGUCACAUGCUAUAUACUGAACAGUGUAAUAAUAAGCUGGUUAUUGAAGCAAAACGAAUUGAGGAAUAUGAGACUGAGCGCACUCAACUAUUAACAAACGUCUCUCUUUUAUCAACUGAAAUUGCACGGAAAAACGCGGCCUAUCAAUAUCUGGAAAAUAAACAUAAGCGGUUGAAAAAUGUGACACGUCAGUUGCAGCUAGAUCUAUCUAUUGUAACAACUGAGUUACGUGAUCGAAAAUCAGCCUACAGUAAACUGAAGUCGGACUAUAAAGUUAUGAAAAGAAAAAUGAAUUCGUUGACCACUGAGUUACGGAGAUUGAAAAUUGCUCUUAUGGAUAUUAAACGAUCGUCUUUGUUCUUUCCUGGUGUUAGACUUAUCAAAGAUAUCCUGUGUAGAAUUCUAAGUGUUUGUCCUGAUCUAGACGGAUGAUGUUGACAGUGAUACGAAUUUCUCAUUUAUUGAAGAUAAACAGAAGAAAAUAUUAUCAUCAUUGACAUCUUUCGAUCAUUUUCAUUUUCCUUUUAAACUUUGUUUCAAUUAUUUAUGAAUAUGUGACAUUAUUAUUAUUUUCAUCAUUGUGUAUAUUAUAUACCCGUUUCUCUUACUAAUUGGAUUUAUUUGUCUUUCAUAUUUAUGCAUUUUAUUCAAAGAGUUUUUAAAGUCAUUUCUUUCGUUUGUUUUCGGUUAAUUUAUCUUUUGUUUGUUAUUGCAUUCUAAAGUUUGAACAAAAGGUCAUCAAAAUUAUUUAAAGAAAUUUUCGUUUUCUCUCUGG